CUGAGAGAAACGUGCCCUCUAUCGCUUACUCUGAGGGCGAUUAUAUCUUCUGCAAAGGAUACAGUUAUGGCUGCAGGAAAAGCACUAGAAGUGUACCUGGAUUUGCUGUCACAGCCUUGCAGGGCUGUGCUUAUUUUCCUAAAACACAAUAAUAUACCGCACACGGUGAAAACUGUUGCUAUACGAAAAGGCGAUAACAGAACUCCCGAGUUUACCAAGCUAAACCCUAUGCAGAAGGUGCCAGUAAUAGUAGAUCAUGGCUUUGUUCUGACUGAAAGUGAUGCUAUCCUAAAGUAUUUGGCGACCCAGUAUAAAACAGCUGCACACUGGUACCCCCAGGAUCCUGAAAGGAGAGCUCGAGUGGACGAAUACACUGCCUGGCACCACACCAACACAAGACCACGAGCGGCCAAGGUUUUCAUGCUGGAGGUGUUACUACCUCGAAUGACAGGGCAAGCUCCUGACCCAUCAAAGCUGGAAAGAGCUCUGACAGAGCUGGAUGAGACACUGGACAAACUGGAGUCUAUGUUUUUGAAAAGACAGCCCUUUCUGUGCGGGGAUGACAUCUCUGUGGCAGACUUAUUGUCCAUCUGUGAACUUAUGCAGCCUCUAGGUGCAGGCCGUGAUGUACUGAAAGAUCGUCCCAAACUGCUGUCUUGGAGGAGCAGAGUACAGGCGGCGCUGAAAAACACUUUUGAUGAGGUUCAUGAAAUACUGUAUCGCCUCCAGGACAAAUCUAGAUCUAGAUUAUAAAAAGGUCCAUUCUUUAUGUAAAGGAUGAAGAAAUGUCAUUGUUUUCGAAUGACUACUGGAUCCCACGGUGAAAAUGUUUUGUGAAAUGCACAUAUGAAGCCCCAUAAUAAUUUGUUUAAUACAGUGGGGUGUGGCAGAUAGCUCAGCUAACUCACAGCUCUUUGGUUCUGAGAUGAAGUCCAGUCUAGGGCAUCUUCCAUUUGAAGUCUGCAUGCUCUCCCAUUGUUCACAUAGGUUUACUCUGAGUGCUCCAUUUCCUCCUCCCAAACACAUGCUGGCUAUUACCUACAGUAUGUGUUGUAUGUGUGCCCUGUGAUGGACUAGUUUUGUGUCCAUGAUGUUGUACUGCCUUCCACCCUGUGAUUCUGAAAUAGGCUCCAGGUUGCCAUGACCCCUCACCAGGAACAAGUGUCUUUCUUAUGAUGGAUGAGAAUAUUUUUCCAAAUAAACUCAACUCUUUGUGCUCGAGUGUGAAAAGUACAGUUGCACCUUUAAAAUUGCAAAUGACUUUACAAGCCCUAAAAAGCACAUUGCAUGAAAUACAAUGAAAGGAAACUACAGCAAAAGUGUGUAUAAAAGUUUAAACCGGAGGUGAUCACAGACAUAAUGAAGGAAACAUAUUGGGGCACUGAACCGUGCAAAUGAUAUAGAAUCCUUAAAACCUGACAGGAAGACAGUGCAAUGACACCAGGGCAGCAGUAAUGUGAUUGCUUAUGCACGAUAAUCACAAUUCUACAAUCUUGUAUAAUUAAGUUACAAACAUAGAGUAAUAGGCAGGGCUUCUCUUGAGAUUUUAUGCAGUAUUACCUUUGGCAGAUUUUUUCUUUUAUAGGCUAACAAUGGAUGUACUGGUAAUGAAAAGAACUGCAAUGAAGUACUAAUCCAAAGUGGGUGAAAAUAUAAUUCAUUAGAAAAUUAAAAGAACUCUCAUUUGAGACUACUAUAAAAGCUUUUUACAGUUGCUUUUUAUUAGAAAGCUGUCACUUUAACAAAAACCAAGUAAAACAGGGAAAACAAAAAUAAAACAGUACAGGAUAAUCAGAUACACCUAUGUCACAUGUCCUGCAUAAAAAAGCUAUAAAAAUGUUUUCUUAAAAAAUAAAGAGUUUUUUUUACAAAGCUAAUAAUUUAUCAAAUUAAA